GUUGCAGGUAUACCUCCUCUCCCAUUGGUUUGCAGAUACGUCAGUCAUGGUCAUUUAGUGACUCGUGUGGGAGUUCCCUAGAGUCGGAGAUGGAAGGGAAAAGGCUUUUACCAAGCGGAAAGAAGGUCUGUGGACUGUCAGAGUGUGAGUAGCAGGGCAGGAGCAUGGCUGCCGCAUUCCUCGAUGUUAGGGAUGCUCACUCUGUCCUGAAGCGCUUCCCUCGAGCCAAUGGCUUCCUGGAGGAGUUGAGACAGGGGAACAUUGAGAGGGAGUGCGGUGAGGAGAGCUGCAGCUUUGAAGAGGCCAAUGAAGUGUUUGAGAACAAAGAGAGAACGAUGGAGUUCUGGAGAACUCGCAGCGUCUACACAGUGAGCAGCAACAGCGAGGGGCGCUCUGAGCGUGCAGACACCGUCUACAUGGUUGUUCCUCUGCUGGGUGUGGCCCUGCUCAUCAUCAUCGGCCUCUUCCUCCUUUGGAGGUGCCAGCUUCAGAAGGCCACUCAUCGACGGCCCGCCUACACCCAGAACCGCUACUUGGCCAACAACCGCAGCACCCGCAGCCUGCCGCGCAUUCUGGUUCACAGGGAAAUGGCGGCGCACACUGAAAGCUCGCACCAGGAGUCCAGCACGCGUCCAACUGUGGUAGUGAGUGGUGCUGAGAGAGGAGGAGGUUCCCAGUCAGACUCCCAUGGCCUUCACCAGCAGAACACUUGUGCCCUCUAUGUCCAGGACUCCUCCCUGUCGGUGGCCUCACGGCUGUCCGGCGCCACACCACCUCCAUCUUAUGAAGAGGUGACAGGACACCUGGAAAGCAGUGGUGAUGAGACCUCAGCACCUUCAUACAGCGAUCCUCCACCCAAAUAUGAGGAGAUCAUAAAGGAGAAAUGAAACAGAGUAAAAAAUAAUGUUGCCAUGCCACUGUGUCUGAAGGAGGUCAAGGCUAGCAAAAAAGUAGUUUCUGCCUCAGUUGGUGCUGCUGGCUGCAGGUUGAUGAAACCCAUAUUGUAAUUCCCAUUUUUCUGCACCAUACAAUACCUUUGUUUCACUAAUGGGUGCAACCUAAAGCCAGUCACCCCCAUGAGUAUGUGUGCCACCUAGCAUUGUUGUUCAUAGUUUACCCUAAACACCUUGUCAGAUAAUGGCUUUGGCAAACAGUGAAUGGCAAACAUGGUUCCUGCCGCAGCCACAGCGGGUACUAAAUGUACAACAAGGUGCGUGGCCCUGGUAGCAGGCUAGAGAAGCAGGCAGGUUUCCGUGCACAACACGAGGUGGCACAGUGGGAUUGAAGCUCUAUGUUGCAGCUUGGCAUUUGCCCUUGCUGGACCCUGUGACUGUAAGGUUUCCUUGUCAACAGGCUGGCGCUUUGUCUUAUCUGUCUGUGUGUGUGUGUGUGUGUGUGUGUGUGUGUGUGUAUGUAUAUGUAUAUAUAUGUAUAUAUAUAUAUAUAUAUAUAUAUAUAUGACUCUUUAAACUGUACAUACAUAGUCGAGAGUGGAAGUACUGGGACUCUGAGCCAAAGUUGUUUUUUAGUUGAAUGUUCUCAUGCUGUAUUGUUGUUUUAGAUCGUUUACAAGUUUGAUUUUCACAGAUAAUGAAAAGUUAAGCACGUGUGUAGGCAAGAUUAAAAAGCACUUAGAACAUCUCCACUUUAAAGGAAAGGCCCAUAAUUAACAGCCAAUUGGGCUCAGAUUCAUCUUCUAAUGCUACGUCCGUGUUUCACUUUUGAUAAUUCAACUGCGAACAAGACUGAGCUCACUUACUUUCCUAAUACUAGCUCUAUUGACUGUUUCUUGACGGUUGUGAGGUUUUUGGACAACCUCCACACACCAGCUGUUGUUCACUUGCAAAGCCCUGCAUUUAUGCUUCCUUUUCACAUGCUCACUAUUUAGUGAUCGCAAACUUCUCCAGCCAGACAGAUUCCCCUCAUGUGCUGUGUGGAUGGUCAUUUGUCAUGGACCUCAGACAGGACAGCCUGAAACAAUAUCUCAUAAUUUUAAAAUGCCUCUAGAAAAAAGGGGUGCCGGCCACAGCCUUAAGGUGAUGACAGAGAGGAAAGAAAAACAAUGUGGAGCCAAUUACUUCACUCUGUUUAGUGCUGUGGGUACAAAUGAUGUGUGUGGACUUAUUAAAGUAAUAAUUUCCUCUGUGCUGUGCCAUACAGAGGCAAGUUUAUUUGUUGCCAAAUGUACAGUCUUAACACUUACCAUGCAUUCUACCUUACUAUGACUUAAAACCAGGCAUAUGUUUUCUAUCCAACCUUCCCAAUUCUUGUAUUUUUGUUAGUCUGAGUCAGUACAUCUAUUGCUGAAACUGUUAGUUGAUUAGUUAAUCGACAAAUUACCAACAACAGUUUUCAUAAUCAGUUUAUCUGUAAUGUCGUUAUUUAAGCAAAAACACUUGUUUGUUCCACUGUGAGGAUUUGCUGCUUUACUGUGUUUUAUAUUGUUGUAAAUUUCGUAUCUUUGGGUUUUAGACUGUUGGUCCAUAGAAUAAUUCAUAAUGAAAUUAAUUUUUGGUUGCAAGGCAAGCCUAAAUACAUCAUUCUGGCCUCCAAUGCCAAACAGCAGUAGGGUAAGUAGUAAACUCCUGCUCACCAUGAAAAAUAUGAGUGGACCUAGGAGGCAAUCUGACACAAUGAGAAUCAAUAUCUUAUUACAGUCACAAAAGCUUCAUCUCCUAAAAUCCCAACCUUCUCUUUAAGUGACUUUCCUGGUAGUGCCAUAAAAUAUGGGACAAGCAGAACUGCUGCAAAAUGUAGGACAAGUAUUAGGCUGUUUUGAACAGGGGCGACGAUGCAGUACAAUAAUGAGAUGUAAUUCUCUAUGAAGAUUAUCCAAAUACACACAAACGCAUACAUUCACUCAUGCACAAUCACACUUCUGUCUAUGUACUAUGUGUAUUUGAAUGCAUGUACUGUAUGUGUGUAGAUGAACAUAUACACAUUCAUACAUGCUCACAAUGGGCACAAUCAGCAGUCUCAGCUCUACAAACCACAGUGUAAUGAGUCAGUAUAGCACCUUUGUUGCAGGUACAGAGUGGACUGAACUGUGUUAGCUUAAGUCCUACUGUUAUAUCACAACUUUGUUUAGAAUUGUUACAUUUUACAUGGUGCGGUUACUGUAGCAGUAUAGUUGUGUGGACACUAGAUACAAUCAAAGUAAAUAAUUGUAAAUAACAA